AGCAGAUAUGGCACAGGUGUUGGCCGUUCCAGCAGAUGUAAGACAUGGAUUUUCGUACAUAGGCCAAUUUAAUCACGACUUCGGUCGAAUUACUGGGAUAGCAGCUACAAUAAAGGGGAAUGUUUUGUUAUGUGACUAUGUUAAGAAGAAUCUGAUAUUAGUUGAUCCUCUUGGAAAUUGUUUACAGAAGCUUGACGUUGACAGUGAACCAUAUGAUUUGGCAAUCACAAGUCAAAAUAUAGGCUAUAUUACACAACCUAACUCCAGAACUGUCCUACUAAUAGACCCUGAUAGAAUGAUGGUACUCUUUAAAGCAACCUGCGACGAACUAAACACAACAGUGUUUUGUGUUUCAGCAGUUUCAAAUACUGGAAGAGAUUUUCCGAAAAAUGUUCCAUGCUAUCUUGGUGUUAACAAGCAUGGUAUGUCAUAUAAAGUUCCUGUCAAUUACGAAAACAUCAGCCUAACAGACGUUACUAAAUAUCCCAAAAUUGGUACACGUGCUGUAAAAUUCCAUGUCCUGCAUGAACGUACCUUCUUAUCGUGUAUAGGAGGCCAAAAUUAUAUCACAUAUAACAACACAUUUUACAACAAACAAGGAAUCGUUGCUGACAUUACAACCAUGGAUACGCCCACUGACAUAUGCUCUGACGACUAUGGACACAUCUAUGUCACUAGACAGGGAUCGAACAAUAUACAUAGACUUAAAUAUUCAGCGAAAGAGUUACCUUUUCUUCAAAUAGAACAUGGUUGCAAGGUUAUAGACAUACCAUUGGAUUCACAACACGGAAUCAAGGAACCUGUCGCCUUGUGCUUCAACCAAGACUAUAGUAAACUUUACAUUGUCAACGAAUGGGGGAAAUCAGUUUUGAUUUUUGAUGUGGUUUAAUGAUUAAUACAAGUACUUUGUUUCAUAUAUGUUCGUACAGUACCAUUUUUGUGGAAUUGCGUUGGUAAAAUUAACAAAUGGAAUGAAAUA